AUGACUAGCAACGCAGGGUCUGAGUGGGAGAACGCCACAACCGUGGUGGGAGAGGGCGCGGCCGCGACGGCCGACAACGAGAAAGACCAUGCCGUCCCAAAGCAUGUCAAGUUCCACGUGGACCUCAGCGAUGCCCUCACGCCCGACCCGGGCACCGAGGACAUGUUCAACCACCCCAAGAACAAGUUCGCCUUCUCGCCCGGCCAGCUCUCCAAGCUGCUGAACCCCAAGAGCCUCAACGCCUUCUUCGCCAUGGGCGGCCUCGCCGGCCUGGAGAAGGGCCUGCGCACCGACAUCAAGAGCGGGCUGGGCUCCGAUGAGGAUAUCCUGGACGGCUCAGUUGCUUUUGAGGACGUUGCGACCAAGGGCGCGCCCAAAUACGGGUCCCUCGGGAACACCGCGCCGCACCCCGGCGAGGAGAAGUCGGCUGCUGCUGCGUCUGGCGCGCACCACGCAUCGACCCAGGGUUUCUCCGAUCGGCAGGACGUGUUUAACGACAACAGACUUCCUGAGAAGAAGAGCAAAUCGCUGCUCGAGCUAGCUUGGUUGGCGUACAACGACAAGGUCCUGAUUCUUCUUACAAUCGCAGCGGUUGUCUCUUUGGCACUCGGCCUCUACCAGACAUUUGGCACUACCCACGAGCCUGGUGAAGCCAAGGUGGAAUGGGUGGAAGGUGUUGCUAUCAUUGUGGCAAUCCUGAUCGUUGUCAUCGUUGGCACCCUCAAUGACUUCCAGAUGGAACGCCAGUUCAACAAGCUUAACAAGAAGCACAAUGACCGCACGGUCAAGGUGGUCCGCUCCGGCAAAUCUCAAGAAAUUUCAGUAUUCGAUGUCAUGGUCGGUGACGUGGUCCACCUGAGCACCGGCGACAUGAUUCCUGUUGAUGGCAUCUUCAUCGAAGGGUACGGCGUCAAAUGCGACGAGUCUUCUGCGACUGGUGAAUCGGACCUCCUCAAGAAGGUCUCCGGCAACGACGUUUUCGCAGCCUUGGCAGACGCAGCCGCGUCUGGACAGGAUCGGCCAGAGCUGGAAAAACUGGACCCGUUCAUCAUCUCCGGAAGCAAGGUCCAAGAGGGAACAGGAACCUUCCUUGUGACUGCCGUUGGUGUCAACUCGAGCUACGGACGAACCGCAAUGGCACUGCGUACCGAGCAGGAAGACACCCCUCUGCAGAAGAAGCUGAACAUCCUAGCCGACUGGAUAGCCAAGUUUGGGGCCGGUGCUGCACUGAUUCUCUUUAUCGUGCUUUUCAUCAAGUUCCUUGCGGCUUUGCCUGGAAAUGACGCGUCGCCAUCGGACAAAGGCCAGCAAUUCCUCACCUUGUUAAUUGUCUCUGUAACGGUGGUCGUCGUAGCUGUGCCUGAGGGCUUGCCUCUGGCUGUGACUCUCGCUCUCGCCUUCGCCACCACCCGAAUGAUGAAGGACAACAAUCUUGUCCGCGUUCUGAAAGCAUGUGAAACGAUGGGCAACGCGACAACCGUAUGCUCAGACAAGACGGGAACUCUUACACAGAACAAGAUGACUGUGGUCGCUUGCACCUUGGGAAGUUGCAAUAGCUUUGGGGGCACAGAGCCGUCGCUCGACGACACGGAAAAGCGCGAUUCUCCCGAAAAGGAAGUUGUCGAAACUGUGCCCAACGUUCCCGUCAACGAAUUCGUGGCUUCCCUGAGUGAUGAGACAAAGCGACUUCUAAUCCAGUCCAACGCAGUCAACUCGACGGCUUUCGAGGGCGAGCAAGACGGAGAACAGACUUUCAUUGGCUCGAAGACCGAAGUCGCACUACUGACUUUCUCACGCGAUCAUCUCGGUGCCGGACCAGUCCAGGAAGAGCGAUCCAAUGCGAAUAUUGUGCAGGUCCUCCCGUUCGACUCCGCGAAUAAGUACAUGGCAAGUGUUGUGAAGCUUGCCGAUGAUAAAUAUCGAGUUUAUGCCAAAGGUGCCUCUGAAAUUCUCGUCAGGAAGUGCGAUCGCAUACUUAGCGACCCUGAAUCCACUACUGGCGUCGAAUUGAAGGAUUCUGUACGCGAGUCGAUUCUCAGCACUAUCACUUCCUACGCCGGCCAGACACUGCGGACUAUCGCUUCUUCAUACCGAGACUUCGAAUCGUGGCCACCGGCAGGUAUGGAGUCCAAGGACGAUCCGAAGGGCGCCGAUUGGUCAAAGGUCCACGAAUCCAUGACUCUCGUGGCCAUCUUCGGAAUCAAAGACCCUCUUCGGCCCUCCGUCAAGGAUGCUAUCAAGGACUGUCAACGUGCGGGUGUUGUGGUGAGAAUGGUGACAGGCGACAACAUCCUCACGGGCCGCGCAAUCGCUAGAGAAUGCGGUAUCUACCACCCAGAGGAAGGCGGCAUCGCCAUGGAGGGCCCUGACUUCCGGCGAAAGGACGAGAAGGAGCUCAAGGAGCUGGUGCCCAAGCUUCAGGUCCUUGCGCGCUCAAGUCCCGAGGACAAGCGCAUCUUGGUCCGUACGCUGAAGGAGCUUGGGGAAACCGUAGCCGUCACCGGCGAUGGUACCAACGACGCUCCUGCUCUGAAGAUGGCCGAUAUUGGGUUCAGUAUGGGCAUUGCGGGCACGGAAGUCGCAAAGGAAGCCUCCGCUAUUAUUCUCAUGGAUGACAACUUUGCUUCGAUUGUGAAGGGUAUGAUGUGGGGUCGUGCGGUCAACGACUCGGUCAAGAAGUUCCUGCAGUUCCAGCUCACGGUCAACGUUACUGCCGUUGUCCUCACGUUCGUUUCGGCUGUCGCUUCGGCCGAGGAAGAGUCGGUACUCAACGCCGUGCAAUUGCUCUGGGUGAAUCUCAUCAUGGACACAUUCGCAGCUCUGGCGCUAGCGACGGACCCCCCGUCUCGAUCUGUACUGGACAGAAAGCCCGAUCGGAAGUCCGCAUCACUCAUCACUCUUCGAAUGGCCAAGAUGAUUAUUGGGCAGGCAAUCUGCCAGCUGGCGAUUACGUUCUGUCUCCACUUUGGCGGCGGGACUCUUAUGGGCUACGACGGAACAUCUGAGCACGAAAUGAAGAGGCUGAAGACGCUGGUCUUCAACACCUUUGUGUGGUUGCAAAUCUUCAACGAGGUCAACAACCGCCGUCUCGACAACAAGAUCAAUAUCUUCGAAGGCAUUACACGGAACUGGUUCUUCCUUGGCAUCAACCUGAUCAUGAUCGGCGGCCAGGUGCUAAUCAUCUUCGUCGGCGGCGAAGCCUUCGAGAUCGUCCCUCUCAACGGCAAGGAAUGGGGCCUGUCCAUCGGCCUCGGCGCCAUCUCGCUGCCGUGGGGCGUCCUCAUCCGCAAGUGCCCCGACGAAUGGGUCGCCGCGUGCCUACCGUGGUUCAUCCGGAAGAGGUGGGCACCCGAAAGCAUCACGCCGAGCAAGAUGGAGGCACACAGGCGUAACACGUUUGAGCUGGAGGAGGGCAUUCGACCGCCGCUGCGCACGCUCUCGACGCUGCGCGGGGACCGGGCGAGGCAGAACAUCCGCGGCGGGAGUGGCUUCAGGGCGUAUAUGCACGAGCAGAAGGUCAAGGCCAAGAAGGCAAUAAAGAAGACAGCUGCGCCGGCUCACGCCGUCGCCCCUGUGAAGACUGUGGAGAGUGCUUCGGAGCAGGGCAAGAGUUGA